AUGUAGUUAUCUAAAAAAAUUGAAGAAUUUUAAGACCUCGAUCCAAUUGAAAAUAUUUCUAAAAGGAAAAUAUCUAGAACUAUGGGAUACUAGAAUAGUGAAUCAAUUUAAGAGGAAGAUGAAGAACAGUCUUCUUCAAGUAUGUAAUUGGCAAAGCGAAAAUUUCAAUUUAUGAAUUCACCAAUCUAAUAGCCAUGUGAUUUUUGUGGAAGUGAUAUGAAAGUACCAACAAUUUAUACUAAUAUUCAAUCAAAUAAAAGUUUUGAAAAGAAUCCUUUUCAAUAAGAAUCAAAAAUAAAAUGUGUUGAUAAUAAUAGUGCUAGUAGAUUGAUUGAUGUUUCAGGAUUAGAUCCUCAUGAUUCAUUUCAAUCUGAAUCAGUAUAAAAUUAAAGAUUAAAUAUAGCUUCAGUUAUAAUUGAUGGAUAAAAACAAAUCAGCUACUAUUAAUUCAUUACAUGUAAAGAACAUAGUCAACAAAUUUAUUCAAUAGAUGAAAAGAAAGAUAAAUUGGAAUGAAUUGAAAGACAUCACUUUGAUUGAUGAUACAACUUAAAGUAGAUAUAUUUAGUAAUCAAUAGUAUAACCACAUAUGUAUAAAUGGUUUACUGUCUCCUAUUUUGCUUUGACUUCAGCCAUUAUAUUAGCAUCUAUCAUAAUUAUUCCACUUCAAAUAGCUGAAGAACAAGGUUUUGAAAUUGCAGCAUAUAUUAUACAUGGAUUUGUAAUAAUACAAAUAGCUGCUGAUAUUCAUUUUAAGAGAGGACCUUUUCAUAUGAAAGAAGGUAAAUUCAAUAAUGAAUAUUUGGAUCAUUCUAAAAUAGUCUUAGAUUUAAGUAGACUAGCUUCCAUUAUAAUCUUAAUCUUUUCAUAUUAAUAUAAAAUCAAAUACUUCAUUAUACCUUUUAUCAUUAUGCAAUUGAUUAGAUAAGCAGAACGAUUUGAAAAUAUCUAUACAUCCACUUAAUUAAUAGUUUAUAUUCUAAUUCUUUGGAUGGCAUUGAUUAUGACAUUUGUCUGCCUAUUAGAAUCAGAUGAAGGCAUUCAUUAUUCACUUUCAUUAGCUAUUUCUAUAUUAACACAUAAUGGUGCUAUAUCAAUUGAUAUAACUCCUACAAAUGCUACACUCUUAUAAAUUUUUAUGAUCAUUAGUUCGUUUAAUAUGAUUUAUACAGCUUCAGUAAUAUUUAUUUGGAUCAAACCAACAAUGAAAUUAGAAGAAGAAAAACAAAAACAUCUUGCUUCUUUUUUAAAAGGAAUUAAAGACAAAAGCAUUGAUUAUGGAUUACAAUGUCGUUGUUACUCCUAUUUAGAAUAUGUUAUUGAUGUAAUAUCUAUCUUCUAUCUAAGAUUAGGAAGACAUAAUAAAAAAUAGAGAUCUUUUAAUUAAGAAAUUAUCACCAGGUCUUUAGGAAGAAUUAUAGAUAUCUAUACGUUCUAAGAUGGUUGAUAAAAUUAAAUUGUUCAAUAAAUUUUCCUCUAGUUUGAAAUAAUAAUUGAUUUACUGGUUUGAUAUGGCACAAUAUAAUCCAGAAGAGAAUAUUGUUUAAGUAAAAUUUUGAUUUUAUAAAAUUAUAUAGGAACAUUAGGUUGAAGAUUUCUGUCUUUAUUUUAUUUUAAAAGGAAAAGUGAAGAUUCAAUUUUAGGGAUAUUUUUAAGGGAAACCUAAAAGAACUUUUCAUACUUUAUCAGAAGGUUAAACCUUUGGGGAAUUCUCUUUUAUAAGUGGAAUCCCUCCUUAUAUAUCAAUCAAUAGUUAGAGUUUGACUACAGUAUUCAAAUUAAGAAGAUCUGAUUUUUUGGAAAUCAUUAAGACUUUCCCUUAAGAUAAUGAGAUAUUUUGUUUUUUUAAGGAUAAUUGCAAUUAGAAUCAUAAUAUGUUCGAAUGUCAUUAUUGUAAAACAAAAGGUCAUCUAUUAUUUGAAUGCCAAUACUUAUAAUAUUAUCCAAAAAAACUAAACAUAAUUGAAAAGCAUAUCUACCCUCAUCCACAAAAACGUUUUAAAAUUGAAAGAAAAAAUAAAGAACCUAAGGCUUUAAUGAUGUUGUUUGUUGUAGGGGAACGAGCAAAAUAAUAUUAAUAGAAAUUAUCAUAGGAAGUUAUGACAUCUGAAGACUUUCCUAUGUCAUCAUAACUACCUUACAGUGAAAGUAUAUAUAUCUUUACAUAAAUAUAUAUUUAAUCUACUUAGAUUAGACAUAACACUCCGCCAGUUAUAUGAGUAAAACAUAAUCAGUUCAUAAAUAAAGUCCUGAAAAAUUAAGUGACAAUCAAGAUAGUGAUGGAGAUUAACUCUAUGAAGACUUAGCCAAUGAUCCAAUAUUUAAUAAUCAAUUAAGAAAAUAAUAAAAUAAAACUACCUUAAGAACAGCAGGAUUUCCUUUCAUGUCUGAAACUUUAGGUACAAAAAUUAAUAAAUAUAUAUAUUAUAGAGAAUUUACAUAAAGAGAAACUGCAAGUUAUUACCGAGUAAUCUCAAAGUAAGUAGCUUGACUCUCUGAAUUCAAAACAAGAAGAUACAAACUAAUUGAGUAAGUAAAGCAGUGGUUCUUAAGCUUUUACUAAAAAAAAUCAUCUCUAUACUGCUGCUCGUUCAAUGCAUACUAAAUUAACUUUUCGUUAUUAACAAUAAUAAUCAGGAUAAACAGAGGAUUAAAUAUAAUUUUAAUAAUAAUAAUAGAAUUCAAUUAGGCAAACAUCAAAUCGUUCUAAUACUUAUUCAAAUCCUCUAUCUAACAACUUAUCUAAUAAUCCUUCAAGUAAUUCUAAAGUUAAUACUAAAUCUGCUAAAGUUUCUCCAACAUAAUUUUAAUAGCCUCCACCUUAAAAAAAGAAGGAGGAAAGAGGAGGAUCUCAUAGUGAUUAAUCACUUUCAGAAUAGUAGAGACAUACAAAUAGAAAGAAAAGUACUAAAACUGGUACAAAAGUGAGUAUUCUCAAUUAGAUGUCAUAGUUCUAAAUUAUUAAUACUCCAGAGGUAUAUAAUUUGAUUUAUUAAAGAAUCAUCACUAUUAAUAUCAUGAUAUUUUAUUUAAUAGAUUUGAAAAGAUGCAUUUAUUUAAGUAUUAUAAUCCACAUAAUAAUUAUGAUAACGUAAUCAUAAGGUACAAUUUAUAAUCAAUUUGUAGAAUAAAUAAAUUCUAAAGAGCAAAAAAAAUCAAGCCUAUUCAUUACACUAUAAAAUGUUUUAUAUCCUCAAAAAUAAAGAAAGUUAAGAGAAUUUUGGAUUCUUAAUUAUGA